AUACCACCAGUGAUCUUGUGUUCAUGUGGCAGUCUGACCCAGUUCAGAUGGAUGAGAUUGCUCUCCCUCAGUUCGACAUCAAACAAGAGGACAUAAAAUAUGGAAACUGUACAAAGUAUUACCAAGGAACAGGAUACUAUACCUGUGUGGAAGUGAUUUUUACAUUGCGUCGACAGGUUGGCUUCUACAUGAUGGGAGUUUAUGCUCCAACUCUAUUGAUUGUUGUAUUAUCCUGGUUAUCAUUUUGGAUCAACCCUGAUGCUUCAGCUGCAAGGGUACCAUUGGGUAUUUUAUCAGUGCUCUCUCUGUCCAGCGAGAGUAUGUCCUUGGCGUCAGAACUACCAAAGGUUUCCUAUGUAAAGGCCAUUGAUAUUUGGCUCAUUGCCUGUUUACUUUUUGGAUUUUCUUCCCUGGUGGAAUAUGCUGUGGUGCAGGUGAUGCUAAAUAGUCCCAAACGUAUUGAAGAGGAGAAAGCCAAAAUGGCCACAAAGGAAAAAGCUUUGAAAGAGAAAGAAGGAAAGAAACCUUCAAAUAAAACUAACAACACGGUGAAUGGGACUGGUGGGACACCAAUACAUGUCAACACUCUGCAGGUGGUAGAAACUCGUUGUAAGAAAGUUUGCACCUCUAAGUCAGAUCUUCGCUCCAAUGACUUCAGUAUUGUGGGAUCUUUACCUCGAGACUUUGAACUUUCCAACUUUGACUGUUAUGGUAAACCGGUUGAAGUGACAGGGGCCCUUAAGUCCCAGAACAAAGCCAACAAGAAAGCCCCACCACCCAAACCUGUCAUACCUGCUGCUGCCAAACGUGUCGACCUCUAUGCAAGGGCCCUUUUCCCCUUCUCCUUCCUCUUCUUUAAUGUAGUCUAUUGGUCUGUCUAUCUCUGAGAGGGAAGAAAUGGAAAUAAGAUGAAAAUAAAGUGGCUUUUAUGCUGUCAUUUGUCACCAUACUGAUAUUUCAUAUCAUAGAAAAUUCAUAUAUUUAACUAUAUACUGGUAAAAUCAAGAUUGACGUGUUUGCAGAACUGCAACAACUCCUUGAGUCCCUGGGAGUAACUAAACUUCAGUAGGCACUGCAUGUGCAUUUCUGUCUGUAUGCUUAACACCUCUGUGCUGUGCAGUAGAAAUCAAUACUUUUUACUGGGAUUAUUGAUAACAUUUUAUCUUAAAGGUGUAAAAACUCUAAUUUGGCCAAUACUAACUAAAACUAAAAUAAAACAUAUAAAUAUAAGAAUAUAUGCAUAAUGACAAAAUAUCUUUAUAAAAAUCAUUUGAACAUAUAACUUCUAUGUUAUUUCAUCAUUGUUAUAUAUUUCAACAGUUUACUUACUCUUACUCAAUUUAAAUAUUAUUGGUGCCACCACGAAUAGAGGGAAAUCUGGUUCUCUGCAAUGUAGAACAAGAUACUGUUACAAGAUAUUUCUUAUUAUAAUGACAGUCUAGUUAGAAUAAAAUCUGAACAUGAGCUUUUCAUAAUAUAACAUAGCAUGUUAUCUUGAAAUGUUUCUUGUUUGCACUGAAAACAUUGUAUGUUGUAAUAAAAAAAAAUAAC